GGGGCGCUGGUGUCGCUUUGGAACUUCCGGUUUUUUCUCCAUGCGGGUUUGUUUUGUAAAAUUACAUCAAGUUUCGUCAGUUAUAAAAACCAUUUCUCGUGGAUUGUCAGCAGAGAUGCCUCGAAACAAACGCUCAGGAAGAAGGAAGCAUCAGCACAAAAACCAGGGUAGAGGCAACUAUGAUCUCUCUGUUCGCAGGAAUGAACUGUUCGAGAAAUUUUACUCUGGUGUUGGUAUGGUGCCAGAUGGAGAAUGGGACAACUUCAUCAAGACUCUUCAGGAACCUUUGCCUGUAACAUUUAGGAUAACAGGCUUCAAAGGACAAUCAAAGGAGUUGAUGAAAAUAGUUAAAGGCGAAUACCUGAAUGACUUGAUGAAAUCUAGCGAUGAUGAUUUUGAGGAGCAAAAGAAGUUGGUGCCCAAGAAUCUCACAUGGUACCCGGACGAACUGGGCUGGCAGAUCAAUCUGUCCAAGAAGGAGGUCAGACAUGUUGCCCGCCUUGAGAAACUGAAAAAAUUCCUGGUGUUCGAAACUGAAAGUGGAAACAUAAGUCGCCAAGAAGCUGUGUCGAUGAUCCCGCCGUUGGUUAUGGACAUCAAACCUCAUCAUAAGGUACUGGAUAUGUGUGCUGCUCCUGGCUCCAAGACCUCACAGCUAAUCGAAUAUCUUCAUUCUGGUGACUCAACUGUAGAACCAGAUGGAUUUGUAAUUGCCAAUGAUGUAGAUAACAAGCGUUGCUACUUGAUGGUACACCAGGUGAAACGCCUACAGAGUCCUUGCUGUGCUAUCAUUAACCAUGAUGCCACUAGUCUGCCCAAACUCAGGUGUGGGGAUGGUCCCCAGGACUUUGUGAUGUUUGACCGAGUUCUCUGUGAUGUUCCUUGCAGUGGCGACGGAACCAUGAGGAAAAACUUUGAUAUCUGGGACAAAUGGAGCAUGAAUCAAGCCAUCAACCUACACAGACAACAGACAAAGAUCCUGAGGCGAGGUCUAGAGCAAUUAACUGUGGGUGGUCGGCUUGUGUAUUCCACGUGUUCGUUUAAUCCAGUGGAGGACGAGGCUGUGAUAGCGGCAAUGUUAGACCAGUGUAAAGGUAGUGUGGAGUUGGUGGACGUCAGUAGCGAGCUACCUGGACUGAAGUAUGUGCCUGGUCUCACUUCCUGGAAGCUAUUCUUCGGUGGUCUGGACAAAGGACAGUGGUACGAGACGUACGAGGCAGCCAAGGAGAAUAAAGUCCCUAACAUGAAUGCUUCAUUCUUCUGUCCUACUGCAGAUGUAGCUAAGGCCAUAAAUCUGGACCGCUGCGUCCGAGUACUUCCUCAUCAUCAGGAUACUGGUGGAUUCUUCAUAGCUGUCCUCAACAAAAAACAACACCUUCCUUGGCAGUCUGUCCCAAAGGAAAAUGCAGUUGCAGGGAAAUGUGUGGAACAGACAGGUGAUGUUACAGAAACUUUGACUCAGAAAACAGAUAAUGGCAUGGACACCAAUACAGUAGAAAACCCUGACAGCACUAGCACAGACACAGGGAAGGCAGACACAGUCUCCGACACGGGGAAGGCAGACACAGUCUCCGACACGGGGAAGGCAGACACAGUCCCUGAUGCGGGGAAGGCAGAUACGGGAGAUGAGACUUCUGGCACGGCGACACAGGGAGAAAAGAGGAAAGCCGAGAACCAGCACCCUAAUGAUAGGGCGUUUGCUGGCAAGCACAACAAGCGAAUGCAGGGAUAUAAAGAAGACCCUUUCUUGUUCCUGAAGAACGACGACCCGUUAUUUACACCUAUCAGAGAAUUCUACAGUAUCAAUGAUAAGCUGGCGACUGACCAGAUCUUAUAUCGCACAGACUCGGGGAGGAUUCGGUCCCUAUACUACGUUUCUAAAUCCAUACGUAACUUACUCCAGAGGAAUUGCAACAGAGUGAAGUUUGUUAACACAGGUGUGAAAGCCUUUGGAAGGAGUCCAUCUCCCUUAGUCACAGAAUGUGACUUCAGAUUGAAUCAAGAGGGCCUCGGAGCCUUACACAACAUGAUAACAGGACGGACGCUCCACUUCGGACGAGAAGAUAUGCUUACCCUGCUCUCUCAGGACAAUCCGUACUUUGAACGUUUCACAGAUGAUGCAAGGGAACAAUUCAAAAGAAUCAGCCCAGGAAGCGCCGUCUUCAAGUACUGCCCAACAAACAGUGAUGCUGAACCGGCCUGUGAUAUCAUCGUGUGUGGGUGGAAAGGAAAAACAUCAACUCGACCUUUUGUUGGCAAGCACGAACGUUGCCACUACCUCCGUCUGUUUGGACUGGAGUUGGAAGAACUAGUCAAAGAACACGAAGAACAGCGAGAGCGUCGGAAAAUGGCAGAAUCUAUGCUUAGCGAUUUGAAGGAGUUUGAUGAUGCUCCGAGUGAUCCGGAGAAUUCUAACGGGGAGGGGGAGAAUACAACCUCAAGAAAUACAAAGGACUCUGCAAAUAAUGAAAUGGACUGUGACGUUAAACAGGAAGUGAAAAAUGUGGAAGAGAAAAAGGAUAUUGAAGACGGAGGGGUUUGACCAUCAUUUACAUUGACUCAUUGAAAUAUAUACAGUUCUAUAGGAAAGAACCGAUUCAUCACCCGACUAGUGUCGUGAUAUCCUGACUUCUGUGUUAGAUUGUUACUAAUGAUGGAUGGAGUUUAGACAAGACGAGAUAUAAAGUAUGGAAGAUAUGAUAAUGAAGGUUGUGGUAUGUCAGAUUCUCUCCAUUUCGACAGAUAUACGCAAAUGAAUGGGUGUUCAAUUUCAAAAUAUUUUAUUAACAAUACACAUAUAAUAAAAGAAUGAGACAACAGGCUAAGUCUAUAUAAGUCUUCUUCUGAAGAUAUUCCAGUUAGACCUGGCAGAAAGAUGCUAUGUUCCAUAUUUAAAUACUAAAUUAAUGAUAUAUUGCUAAAAAAA